AUGCUCCACUUGGACAUGCCAGUCAUCAAGUACGCCAUGGCGGCUCGCUGCCACUACAUCUUCCAGAUCAUAUCCUUCACCACACGGGUCAGUUACGCGAACCAGCAGAACGUGCUUUUCCUCAUUUGCGCGUUCAACGUCGUGGUGUGGUUUGCUCUGUACGCGUACUUUCAAGAGAAGCUCACAAUCCACGGCGAUGCACCGCCAGAGCUGGUCGUGAUGUGCCCGCAGUACUUCAUCUACACUGUCGUGGCGUGUUGUGGGCUGUUCAUUAAGCGAGCUAGCACGAGGAAGGAGAAGUGCUCGUCGGCUCGAGCCUCGAUAGGAACCGUUCAACAGCCGCCGUGGCACGCCUUUGUAUUCAUCGCCGCUGCCACAUUUGGAUCGUACUACUUUUCGUUUCGGGCGCUGCGACAUGUGUCAUAUCUGCUCAAAGUGCUCGGGAAGACAUGCAAACCGAUCCCGAUUCUCCUCGUAGGCCUGUGCUUCGGCAAGACGUACCCUCUGCGCAAGUACACCAGCGUCCUUCUCAUCACGGCCGGCGCCGCACUCUUCUUUUUGUCACAGACGCAGUCAAGAACAUCAUUGUCAUCCGCUCCGCAUGACGAUUCCUCCGACUCGGCUCCUCUCAUGGGCGUGGCCCUCUUGACGCUAUCUUUGUUCUGUGACGGCUUGGCUGGGGCGCUCGAAGACAAAUAUAUUGCCGAGUUCAACGUCGGUCCAUUCGACUUGAUGUUUCGCAUCAGUUGGGCGAGCUGUGGCUUCUGUGCGGUGCUCCUCGGGCGGGACUGGAUGACGUUGGUGAUGGGCUUGUCCCAAGACAAGUGGCUCCUCAUCGCGCUCAUCGGAAUCUGCGGCGGUCUCGGUCAAGUCUUUAUGUUCCUCUCCAUCGCGACAUUCGGCUCUCUCUCAACUAGUGUCGUCGGCACGUGUCGAAAGAUGAUCACAGUUUUGUCAUCCAUUUACAUGUUUGAGCACUCAUUGUCGCCGGGUCAACUCGCUGGCCUCUUCCUCGCCUUUCUCGGGAUGGUUUUCUCGACAGCGGCCGCCAAGUCCAAGCACUCCAGCGCCCCCCACCAGGACCCCGCUUGUGAUAUCAUGCCGCAGGCACCGAUGGAGCUGAACGACUUCUGCACGGUCCACCAGCGGAAGGAUCCAGCGAAUGUCGACCAUGUCGUGUGA